GAGUAAAGGAUAUAUACGAAAUAUUCGAUCUAUUUUAUUUUUAACGAAUAAUCAUAAAUUUAUGGGAGAAAUUCUUUUUCUUUUGAUUUUAGAAAAUUUCGUAAAUACGUAAGUAGAAUUUAUAAACCGAAAUGAUGUAAAUAAUUUUUUGUUGAAGUUUGCAAAUCAUUUAUCUAUCUAUUUAACGACUGAAAGCAUUGAACUGUGCGAUAUGUAGAAUAUGCUCGCAUACGUAUGUGUAGUGUUGCUGGUGUACAGUGCCACGAAUGUUUUUGCGAACCGGUUAAAGCGAAUUAUUAGUGAUUUAUUAUCAUGAAUUCGUUCUAAGGAAGAAUUAUAAAUUAUUGUUGGAUUAAUUACAAUUCCUGGCUGUUUUGGACUUUGUACAAAAAGGAAGUGUUUUUAAUAGAAUUAAUCCUGGCGCCUAAACAAAAUGCUUCCGCCAUAUUCACACAAGGAUUCACGCAACAUUGGAAGCCGUAUCAAGGAGAAGCUUCUUGGUUGGAAGCGUUUAAUUUUUUCUGACAAAAAUACCAGGAACUUAUUUUUGUUUUUAAUUUUAAAUUUAUCUUUUGCUUUCGUUGAGUUAUCGUAUGGAAUAUGGACAAACAGUUUGGGCCUAAUCUCAGAUAGUUUCCAUAUGUUUUUCGAUUGUACCGGCUUGUUGUUUGGUUUGGCAGCAUCAGUUAUUACGAAAUGGAGAGCCAACGACCGAUAUUCGUAUGGUUAUCUACGUGCAGAAAUAUUAGGUGGAUUCGUUAAUGGAUUGCUAUUGUUAUUCAUUGCUUUCUUUAUAAUGUUUGAAGCUGUUGAAAGAGCUAUCGAGCCACCUGAUAUAAAACAUGAAAGACUUUUUACUAUAUCUGUGAUGGGACUCAUAGUGAAUUUAGUAGGAAUAUAUGCCUUUCAACAUGGACAUGGGCAUGGUCAUGGUGGUCAUGGGCAUUCUCAUUCUCAUAGUAGUGGACAUGGCCAUUCUCAUUUAAAUCAUAAUCACAGUCACCAUCAUCUUGAUAUUGAAAUUGAUCCAACUUUUACUGGUAAUAAUUCUCAAAUUAUGAAAGGAGUUUUUCUACAUAUACUAGCAGAUACUCUGGGAUCUGUAGGAGUAAUUAUAUCAGCUGUUUUGAUGCAAAUGUUUGGUUGGAUGAUAGCUGAUCCUAUUUGUUCCAUGCUCAUUGCAGUAUUGAUAGUGUUAAGUGUACUCUCAUUAAUGAAAGAAUCUUGGGAGAUUCUUAUGCAAAGACAACCUCCGGCUUUGGAUCAUGUUUUACCACAGUGUUACAAUAAAGUGACCCAAUUGGCUGGAGUUUAUAGUGUGCAAGAACCACAUUUUUGGACACUUUGUUCUGAUGUUUAUGUUGGUUGUAUAAAACUGGAAGUGGCACGAACUGUAGAUCCAAAGUAUGUGGUUGCGCAUACUCAAAUGAUUUUUCAAGCAGCAGGUGUGAGACAACUAACUGUGCAAUUGGAUUAUGCACCUAUGUGAUCUCUUAGAAACGUGCGUAUUGUAAAGUGUUCUUAUAAAUGCUCCAGAAGUGUAUUCAUUUGUCGACUUUGUCAAAAAGGCGUAAGAAGUACAGCUCUGAUGCAAACUAUUUUUGCGAUUUUGGGUCUGUGCGGUUGCUUAGUUUUUAAUAGAGGAGAAUAUCAAUUUCAAUUACAAAUUAUUUAAAGAAUUAUAUAUAAUUUGCCAACUGUCAGCCAUUGGAGCCAUCAAUAUAGGACCUUUUAAUCCUAAAGCUCUGAACUGCUGUUUCCUAGCAUUUUGAGCAUCAUACUAUAGAUCAUACUAUAGAAAAUAUAUAAAUCCAAACAAUGUUGCAUUUCAUUAUAUAAUUAAUAAACUUUUAUUUCUGUUUUUAAAUGAAUGUGUACAGAUCUCUCUUGAGAUCUGGAUUUUUUUAUGAUUACAAAAAUGUUGUUGUAACCUAUAUCUAUUAAAUCGAAAUUUAUAGAUAAAUUAUCAUUUUCAAAUAUUAAAUGUAAUCAUAAGAUUUUCAUUUUUAUAUAUUUAUGCAGAGAUGCUCAUUUUUAGGUUGUAUUAAUGAUUUUUACCAAUAUAUCAUCAUUUAAUAAUAAACAAAAAUAGAAGGUUUUUAAUAUUUCGUUGAAGUAAUUUAUAUGUAAUACGAUUUAUGUACAAUACUUAUUUUGUAAUAGAAGUGUUAUUCCAUUAUAAAUUACUACUCGAAUAUUGUAAAAAUAAUUAAAUCGAAGGCAAUUAUAAUUAUAUUAAAACCAAUAGAAUUAAUUCCGUACAAAUCUUUUAAGAAACAUCUGUCAAGUUUGAUUUUUGCAUUUAAAAAAAAAAAAUGACACGAUAUUUUCUAUAUACUUGUGCAUAAAUAAUGUAUAUGUUUUUGUAAUUAAUUUUCUUUAUCGAUGAAUUUUAUUUUGGAAGAGUUACUUUUCAUAUAUAUAUAUAUAUAUAUAUAGGCAAGUGUGAUGCAGUAUUACUAAUGGACAAUGAGCUAGACAGAAACUACUAUAAAUCAUCAUGCAAUUUUAAGAUAAAAAACAUUUUUCAAACGAAUAUACAGCUUAUUAUAAGAAAACAAGAAAAAUGAACAAAAUAUUUACAUUCCAUGACGUAGAUCAAUCAUUAACGAAGAUUUAACCAACUAACUUUUCCCGCUAAAAAUUUAAUUAAUGCAAUUUUAAUAAUACUUAAAUUAAUAACGCAUGAAAUUUCAUUCUAAGGAAUGAAUCAUCGUAAUAUUAAUUUGCAAUAAUUAACAUUAAAAAAAAGCGAUUGUUUAAUGAUUAAUCGAAACCAUAAAAGAAACGUAUACCUUUUUUUAUCGUACUGUUGUGAAACUUGUAUGAUGCGUCUUAUCGCCAUAGUAAUUAUUCCAAGUCAGAACUCUCGUAUUGUUAUGUUUUCAUAAUCUUAAUAUAUAACCUAAAGAAA